UCAGGUGGGGAAUCGGGACACGUGAUCCACAAGUAAACAAAUACUUCCAUCAUGGUGAAGACUGACAACGACACGACCAACAGCCCAGCUCUGUAAAUACCAAUAAGGGAAAAUGAAUGGCACUAAUUGCAUCCCGCAGCUUGCCUUCCUUUGGACCCGAGAGACAGACGCGCCACAGGCUCGCCGCCUCCUCGCCUGGCUCUCUCUGUCCCGCCUCGAAAAUUUAACACUUUGAUUUCUUCUUUCUUAUGAAUGUCACGAUGAAUAACUUCUACUAACAUCACUAAUUCAUUAUACAAAUUCAAAUAGUAUUAGUUCCUUCUCUCGGCGCUAAAUUUAAUAGGCCAAUCUUGCUUCGAAAAUGUUUAUGAAAGAGGAAGUUAAGUCGUAAAAAUACACUCGUAAAGAAAUUUAGGAAGGAGGAGGAGAGGAAAUGUGAGGAAUGCGAGAGCCCUGUGGGUGUGAGGUGGGUCCUAGACGGGCAUCCCUGGGAGGGGUGACAGGGAAGGGUGAGGCAUGCCCAGGCAGGGACAGCUGCCACCGCACCCUUCACUGACGGACGGAUGUGCCGGCAGCCCUGCCAAUAAUUGCUCCGGCAGCAAAACACGACGUAGAGGCAAAGGAAGACAUUAUUGGUGUAGUGAGACUGUCUGUGUGUCGGGCGCUGCGAAGGGAGAGGCUGGAGGCUGGCGCACCACCGCUGGCCCCGCCCUCGUGCAGCUGUGAGGAACCUCGCCUCCCUACAGGUGAUCGCUAUUAUAAAGGCGCGGCCCUCAUAAUGAAACUUAUUUUUAGAGGGGUGGGUGGCAAGGGCGGUUUUGUGGGCGUGGUGUGGAUCUCUUGCCUUAUUUCAGUUGCUGAGUACAGUUGCAGUGAGGGGUGCGGUGAGGGUGAGUGAGUGGUGGGCUGGUGGGCUGGUGGGAGGCAGUGAUGGAGUCUGGCUGCCCCGCGGCUCCUCCCCUCGGGCACCAGUCAGUCCCGGGGUAACGAGUGCACCGCGCGCCGUGCCGCCGCCUCCCGCCUCUUGUGAUGGUGAUAAUUCAAAAUAUUUGUUUAGAAGGAAUAACGACGCUGCCCAUGUUGUGAGGGCACCCGGCCCGGCAGGGGAGGCGGGCGAACAAGGGCGAGGCAGUAUGCAUGACCACAUCCUUGGGGUGGGUCAGCCUCAUGGGACGCCUCCUCAGUCCCCUUGUCAGGAACGCACUGAAGGGGAAGUGACGCGCAGUGAUUCCUAUUGCCUGGCUAGGGGAGGCAAGGUAGUGUCCUCGCGCCCUUGGGCCGCCAAUGGAAUCCGCGCACUCAACAUGCGUGCCGCGGAGAGAGGAAAGAAUGUGACGGAUGGCCAGCACCCUCCGUCACUCGCCUCAGAGAUGCCUUCGUCAGACUCGGAAAGUGACUCUGGGUCUGGUGAUUCAGAGGAAACUUCCGAAGAUGAAUACGAGACGAGUAGUGGGAGACCCGCUCAGAGCCGCCCCCACUGUACCAUUCCUGAAGAGGAGAAUGAUGCUUCACACCUGGCCACUGCUUAUCCCAGUGGAGAAUCUGGACAACCUAUUGGGGCUUGUGGCACAAAGGGCAAUUCUGUCAGUGACGGCCACCUGCGGUCUGGUCCAGUGAAUACCAGGAAAUCAAAGAUACCAGACGCCGCCGACCACACUGAUGUGAAUCCCUUAAGAACCGGUAUUGACUGUGAUCCUGGUGAAAAUUUUGGAGAGGAGGAGGAGGUGGAAGAGGAAGGAGACGAAGAGAAAGAGGAAGAAGAGGAGGAGGAGGACGACGACGACGACGAAGAAGAAGAAGAAGAAGAAGAAGAAGAAGAAGAAGAAGAAGAAGAAGAAGAAGAAGAAGAAGAAGAAGAAGAUAGCGAGAGCGAGGAGACGGAGAGCACUGUGCGGGCUAAGCCUGAUGGAGCCAGUGCACACACAGAAGGCGAGGGCAGAGCGGCACCACCACGUGAGGAGGAAGACCACAACGACACGCUGAGCACCCUGAGUGGAGACCUCAGCUUUGACGACCAAGAGGCGUCCCCACCUCGCGAUCUUGAGAGGGUGGGCGGUUCGGCCUCUGCACCGGAUUCCCGCAGACCACCAAGUCCCGCCAGCCUCUCAGGUGCUGCCUCCCCUACCGCGGGGCGUGACGGGCGCCGUGAUGCUGAAGAGUGCGUGGGAGGAAGAGUGGCGCCAGACAUCGAGCGCAGCAUCCCGCAGCGGGAAGGCGUGCGUGCCGGAGUGUUCUGUAUAAGUGGCUACCCAAGACCAAACCAGAGAAGUGCCCACACUUCUGUGGUCAGUGAAGCUUCUCACCCCGUGCAUCGCCCCGACUCGAGCCAUUCCUAUCACGACUCGUCCAUUUUAGACAGUAAGGAAGCAGAGGACGCAGAGCUAGAGGUGGAACACAGCAGGGGAGCAAUGGAGUCCAUGCUCGCAGACUAUAGCUGGGACAACCUCUCCUCAGCGUCAGAUCGUGAUGGCAGUCUCCGGCGCUCGCCCUUCUCCAAGACACAAUCUGAUGCUCGCGCUUACGGAACGCCACUUCGAGAGCCUUGGCUUCCUCCCUCACGCCAGCCACCACCACCCAUGUCAAGAAGCGUCGACUCCAGCCGGCGGUCAUCGGGCGGCAACUACCAGAACGUGGAGAGCUCGGGUCAACCCAGGCACCGAGGCAGCCCGAGCUCCGCCACCACAGACUAUGCACGGGGAACCACCCCUGUCUUGGGGUUCAGCGCGGCGCCACACCAUGAUCCUUCUCAAAUGUUCAUCAGCGAGCAGGACCGUGCACUGCAUGACCAACACAUGAGAUCUGAGGCGCGCCGGCGGUACAGUUCCUCGCCGCAGCCACAGCCUCGACAAAGAGCCCAGCUGGACAGCAGGCGGCCUCACAGCAGCGCCUACGACGAUGUCAGCAGCACCAUCAGCAGCACAAGGGAGGGCGUGAGCGGUAGUCCCGCCCGCCCUCGUCCCGCAGCCUCCGCUUCGCCCAUGCCCCGGUUGCUGCUGUCUGCGGCAGGGCUGAGCGGCUCCGCUUCUCGUCUGAGCGGAGGAGCUGCGGGCGCCGGCCUGUCCACCUCCAGACUGGCAGCAUCCUACACGGCCCUCGGCUCCUCGGCCUCCUCGGGCUACGGCUCCUGUGCAGGGGUGGCCGUGGCCUCAACACGACACGAAGACUCUGAGGACCUCUCUGACGUUUCAUCCGGCGCCACCUCAGAGGACUCCUCCAGACGCCGACGAAGACGUUCAGCACAGUCCAUAAAAGGCGAGGCAUCUGUUUCUGGGAAUGAAGACUUUGAGUGGGUGCGUGGCUCACCAAUGUUGACCGACUUGCGGGAAGGUCAGGUCACGCGGCUGGCUACGCCCCCUGACCACCGCACCCAUUCCUUGAGGUCCACCCUCACCACGCCCACCGAGGCAGUGGAGGAAGUCUGUGCCGGGCUGACUCCCCGCCAUCGUCAGUACCCGCGGCCCCCUCCCGUGCCUCGCCCCAGGACUUUGGAGGCCGGAGAGCUCGUCCCUCACAGAUCCAUCCGAGAUUUGUUAAGGGACAGCAUUCGGGACUCCCGUGACAGUCUCCGUGACCGUUUAUACUCUCCCUCUCGUGAGCUGACCGCGCACAGGCUGUCCAGAGACUCGUCAGUGGAACGUGGAGCAAGAGAUUCUUCAUGUGAGCGAGCCUCUGUAUCCAGUCUCCACCAGCACAGCCACCACCACCACCACUUGACGCCCUCGCGCCUCAGUCAACACGCCUGCUGUGAUCCUCCCUCGUGUUGGUGCGAGGAAGAGGAGCUUGACUACGAGUCCUGCGAUGAGCGCCACCACCACCACCGGCACAGUUACCAUGAGGGUUUGCACCGCGCCCACCUGCACCAGCUACAGCCUCACCACCACCAUCACCGAUCGAGCCGUGACCCAUCACGGGAGCGGCGUGGGUCAAGGGGUCAAGGGACAGGAGACAGUGGCAGAUCUUCACCCUGCUGUUGUAGGCACUGUCUUCAGACAGGGUCUCAUAGCUCCAUAGCUGGCCACGACUACUGUGCCAACAACCGCCUGGCGCUACCCUGCACUAACAAGGUGGGUGGAGGCCUUGUCAUCCCGCAGGGGAGCCGUCCACACCGCCGUCUCGACUCUGACUACAUCGCUUUAUGGAGCUGCCACUCCCCGCCGGGCAGCUCACUGGAGGACCGGGUCAUGCGCCUGGAAGGUGACAAGGAGUCCUUGCAGCUACAAGUGACAGUCCUCACUGAGCAAGUUGAGGCACAGGCGGAGAAAAUUACUGACCUGGAGAACCUGCUGGACGACAAGAAGGAUCAGCUACAGAAGACCGAGGAGCAGCUUCAGAAGGAAAUUAUAAUUAGGACGAGUCUGGAAACUCAACGUUUAGAGCUAGUAAGUGAAAUUAGUAAUAUGAAGCUUCACCAGGCAGCUUAUGAAAGGGAAAACCUUGAACUACGAGACAAGAUCCGGCACAGUGACCACCAGUCGAAUAAUGCAAAGAUGCAGCCAGUAACGUCUGGUGCCAGUCUGGGGCGCUCUGGCAGUGGUCGGGGUGUGAUGCCGGCUGCUGCCUCCACCCCAGUACGCCCGUUCAUUGUCACACCCGACUCACCACAGGCCGGUCACCAGCUUGCAGCUGCACUGACCAACUCCCCAUCACCAAGCAGCAUUUCCACCUUGUCCACCAUCCCUGCCUCCUCCCCUAACAAGUCCCCUGCCCAGGCUGCCACCGCUUCUCCUGCCUCCUCUCCUGUGGCCUCACACGAUGCGAGAGAGUUCCUGCCGCCAAGGACACCACCCCCAAAUGCUAGAAGAAAAAUUGACCAGUUUGGUACAGUGCCACGUCAGAGAGAAAUGGGUGUUGGAGGAGAAAACAACCAGACUGCAGCAAAUACAGCCAGAACUAAAGGCGUCAUGUUCGGUAAAGGCUUCCACUUCAUUCCAUUCCGUGUGGCGGGAAAAAGGAGCACUUCAGCCCCCAACUUAGCGGAGACUGAGAUGCAGAUGAUUGAAGACUUGCCUGAGGGUGAGUACAAACAGCAUGAUGGUCUCACCUCACCAGAGUCCUCCUCCCCACGUGGCAACACUCUUGCAGGUCACCGUUCUCCACCCACUCAUCCCAAAGCAACGGGUAUCAAGAAGAUAUUUACCAAGUUACGUCGCAGCAGCUCUGGCCAUUUGGAUGGAGAGCUUGGGGAUGGAGACUUUCGACGAGGAGGAAUGAGAGCCACUGCGUCAGCUCGACUAGGAUGGACGUCACCCUCUCUCAGUUUUAAAGAGCCCGGUGUAUCAUUUGAUAAGUGGAGCGUAGAGACUUUGGAGAACUGGUUGGGAGCACUUGGACUGAGUCAAUAUUGCACAGCCCUUCGUUCCUGGACACACUCAGGCCACCACCUCUCCAAAGCCACACCCCAAAACCUGGAGAGAGAACUCGGCAUCCGUCAUCCACUUCACAGAAAAAAAUUACAACUGGCAAUAUCUGCUAGACUAUCUGGAGACCAACUCAACACUACACUGCACCGUCUGGAUCAUUCCUGGGUGUUGCGUUGGCUGGAUGAUGUGGGCUUACCACAGUACAAGGAUGCCUUCAGUGAGGCUCGCAUUGAUGGCAGGGUGCUCAACUGUUUGACUUAUGAUGAUUUGUCUUUCCUCCGUUUAUCAAAUCUUUUGCAUGUUACCUCACUCAAAAGAGGUAUACAGGUACUGCGCGAGCACAACUUUGAUCCAUCAGUGUUGAAGCGACGUUCAGUGCCUGAUGAAGACCCAAGUACUAGAACAGCAGCACAAGUGUCUCUGUGGACAAAUCACCGUGUCAUGGAGUGGCUUAGAACUGUUGACCUUUCAGAAUAUGCUCCAAAUCUUAGAGGGUCAGGUGUUCAUGGGGCUCUGAUGGUGUAUGAGGUCCGCUUCACCUCUGAACUCCUUGCAUCUCUUCUCUCCAUUCCAAGUGGCAAAACGCUCUUAAGGAGACACUUAAACACUCACUUCAAGGAAUUAGUAGGUCGUUCUGUAGUACAAGAGAAGCGUGAGUUAGAAACUGCUUCUGGUUACACUCCUCUCACGUCUUCAGCUAAAGUAAAGAUGCCAAAGAAGUCUCAAUUUUCAUUGAAACGUAAGAAAACCAAGUCUGAAUUGGAAUUUGAUGACUUGUUAUGCCCACUGGAUGAGAAACCUCCACUUGGUGCUCUGCAGGACAGAGAAAAGGAGACCAAUGGUGAUGGCAGACUCUGUUGAGCAUCUACAGCGAUCUUCAGCUCCUCCAGAAGUUGGUCGAAUCACUAAGGUGUAAUGAGCUUUGUGGCAACAUCCAAAGCCCUUGACACCAGUUCGACACACAUGAGUUUAGUGCCUCACUCAUCUUGUGAGCCAGAAUACAUUCAUUUAAGUCAGGGAUGAAAAUGUUGCUCAUUCUAAAUACAAUAAGUCAAAGGAAAAUAUUCUUCCACUUGUAAGUAGCAUCCCAGUUGCUUGAAUAAUUGUCUUAAUUUGCUUACUUUUAUAGCAAUGUUUUUCUCUUUUAUAUAGUAAACCUAAUAACUUUUAUAUGAUGAUAAUAAUUUUUUGCUAUAGUGUAGGACUGACUUCUAUGAAUGAGUAUUGGCUCACCUCACCAGCCAAACAAGUGCCUUAGUACUAUGCUGAAGAGCUUCAUGCAUUUUCUAUACCUUGGCAAUAACAACCUAACACAAGUAUUUCUCUUCUCACAAGUAGGACAAAAAACUUACACAAGUAUGUACAUUAUAACAUGCUAUGUGAGGACCUGAAAAUGGUGCAUUUUACUUUAAUUUACUGCAGCAGUAAUGAUAAGGGAGUUUUCUUGAUUAUCAUCAUAAUCAUUUUUCAUCAUCACCAUGAUUAUCAUCAUCAGCAGCAUUGUCAUCAUCCUCAUCAUCAUCAUCAAUAUCUGUAACACACCUCCCUCCACUCUUGGUAGACUCCUACUAAAGAUGGUCAUAAUAGAACUUGCUCCCAUCAAGUUUUUCCACUUUUCACAGCCACACUAAGAAAGAAAGCAAUAUAUAUAUAUAUAUAUAUAUAUAUAUAUAUAUAUAUAUAUAUAUAUAUAUAUAUAUAUAUAUAUAUAUAUAUAUAUAUAUAUAUAAGGUGAAGCAUCCAUCAAAACUUAUAUAAGAUUUGUAAUGUUUUGUAAUAUUUUUUGUUGUCAGACAUUUGACUUUUUGUUUGUCUACUUGAAGGUCCUCAUAUAUAAACAUACUUACAGGGUAGGAAAAAGGAAAUAUGAAAUGGUUGUCUUGCUGGGGAAUACUUCCUUAUGAAUGCAUUCAGUCACUGGUAGCUUUAUGAUACUGACCAAAUAAGUAUUUUCCUUCUGUCACUUACAUGUUCUAAUUUAAGAAUAUUUAAUGAUCUACCAUGAUUCAUAUUUUCACUGUUAUUCUGGAGAACAGUCUUGACUUGAGGAAUGGCCCAGGGAAAUUUUAUAUGUGCCUUGUUAGGUUUUUAUUUUAUCCUGCUUAGUCAUAAUAACUUCCUACUAAUUUUUUGGUUAUUGAUUAUUUUUGUAAUGAGAAGGCAGCUAAAUCAACAUUCUCAGUGAAUAGAGCAGCUUCUGUUCAGCUCAUGUACCAAUAAGUCUGAUUUUCAGGUAUACAAGUUUCACUUUCCAAUAUACCACUUGAUAUGUGUAUCCUGUAUUUGAUGUAGCAUAGCAUCAAAAUCUUAGUCAUUAUUUGUCUUUUCUUAUUGCUGAGUACAUCAGCCAGCCUUUGUGCUACACUCUUGACAUGUACUGAUUAUUGAUAUCACCAUAUCAUGAUAAAGGAAAAAUACAUCCCAUCCCCUGCCUAGGACAGCACACAUUCCUAAUGUUUUAUUAAUUUUUUAUUUACUAUUAUUUAUUAUAUAUAUAUAUAUAUAUAUAUAUAUAUAUAUAUAUAUAUAUAUAUAUAUAUAUAUAUAUAUAUAUAUAUAUAUAUAUAUAUAUAUAUAUUGACAGCCUCAGAUGGUAGUGUUCUAGUUCAAGUCCUUUAUUCAGUUUUCUGCCAGGAUCCCACCUCCACUUGAUUCUUUGUCUUUCAGAUCAGAGGAAGAUCUAGCAUCAGUGUUGUAGUUUAAUUAUAACUCAAGGGAUAUCUGAUAUAUAGAAUUCAGUAGCCCCUCUUGUUGCAGGCCAGUCAUCAUAGCAAAGUUAGUAGGGCUUCUGACCAUGUGAAAUGAAGCUGCUGUUACUUCCUCAAAUGUUGGACCCAUAGUGCAAAGAACUCUUACCAAAUGAUAUGGUGUUUAACAUGCAGUUGUUAUAUUUUCUAAUGUUUAUUGUCUUUUUGAGGCCAGGGCACUAUCACUGUUACCUAACCUACAGGGACUUGUAAAGAAAGCAGCAAUAGUAUGAUGUUUUCAUUCAUUCUUAUAUGUGUUCAAUUUUUUUUCAUUUUCUUAAAUGUCACAGUAACCCUGAAAUUCAUCCUGAUUUUGUUCUUGUACAUGAUGCCUACUCCUUAGAAUUCCAAGGGGAUGGUCAUAACAGACGAGAUAACAUACAUAAUAAAGUUGAGUGGUUUGUACUGCAGAUAAAAUAGUUUUUGUAAUGUAAAUUUCCUAAUACUUUGACAAAGAAGUAUACAGUCAAUAGUGCAUUUUUUACAUGACUGCAGGGGCACAUUGUUAUUAUUUAUCUUAUUUUAUAUUGUUAUUAGCAUUAUUUUUAAUGAUUUUUCAUCUACUUGUCUUUGUCUUUCUUGUUAAAAGACUGAACAGUAAACCAAUGAUGGGAACAAUAACAUGUUAUAUUUAAGUAAAAAGAAAAAAAUAUGAAUUGAAAGGACAACUUACUAAGUUUUAUGUAAAGCAUGAAUAAAGAAAAUAUGUGUGAUGAACACAUGUAAUUGUGAAUCAAUGAAUUACCUGAUAUCACCCAUACAAGAUAGUUAUUCAUCAAGUUCGUUUGAAAAUAUUUAAUGUACUUUUCUGUUUAAAUAGACAUUUAAUACUGUUCAAAUCUUUUUUGGGCUGAAAAUAAGAUUUGCAUUAGAGUAUCAAAAUAUCUCCUGAUUCACAAAUUGAAUUGGAAGGCAGCUUACUGAGCAUAAUGUGUGUAGCAAAUUUAUUACAUCUAGUCCUGAGAGUGACAGCAUUUCUCAAUUUAUAAAACAUUGGGACAUUAGCACACUCUUUCCUGGUGAGUCCAUAUUAGGAUCAAAAUGUUAGAAGUGCACUAUUCAUUCUUGUCCGUGGUGGUUAUCAUACCUUAAAGAUUAGAUUUGAUUGCCAGUGAGUCCAUAAUUCAGAUAGGCUCACUUUGAAAGUAGAAGAUUCUCAUGGUUAGAUUGUGUUAGGAAAUUAUCAAUUUUGCUCUAGUAAUGUCAGUGUCAAGUUCCUCAUGGGAGAAUCUGAUUGGUGGUUCACAGCUCCUGGUGGCUGCCAACAGUAGGAGGCACAGGUAGUUUUCAGCAAAUUUUGUUUUUGUUACUAUUUUUCAGAUACAGCUUUAAAUAGUCCUAAAUAGUUACUUGUACAAUUAAAGUAUCUAUUUAAAUUUGCUUUUAUACACAUGCUUAGUGUGGUGUGACAAUAAUUCUUAAAAUACCUAUAAGCUGUAGGUAAUUUAAAUGUACUCUUUCCUGAAUCAUGGCUUUGAUAUGUAAGUGAAAUAUGACAGGGGAAAGGUUUCCAACAAUUGGGAAGCUCCUCCUAAGAGACAAAGUCAAACAAAAUAUUUUUAGCCUCAAGCACCCUCCUUCACCAGACUUUAAUAAUUGUAUGAAAAAUUCAGAAGUCUGACCAAUUAUUCAAACAUGAUGAUCUGUAUAAGGGGAUAAGCCAGUUUUUAAUUUCUUUUGUCUACUUAUGGACAGAAUUUUCACAAUAGCACAUAAGUGUCAUGGAAAAUAAAUGGGAUAAAUCAUAAUAAAUGCUGGAGGACAAUAGUUGGAUGAGGUGGAAGGAGUUUCUUAACUGUGUUUUUUGCACUUUGACCUUCAGACAUAAAAAUGGAAACGUGAAAUAUUUUUCCUUACAAAUUAUUCUUUCUCACUUUCCCUCCGUACUUGUUUCUUUCAAUUAUAGAAUUAGCAAUGCUACAGUUGGCAGAUGACCCUCAAUGUCUGCUUUCUAUCAAUUUUUUGUAAAUAUGUAAUCAUUCCUAGUAAUAAAUCAAGAACAUGUUUA